UCGCGACGAAGCUGGCUGGCUGCGGCGGAUCCCAGGGGCUUGAGUCAGGGCGCAGACGCUAUGGGCAGCCAGGAGGUUUUGGGCCAGGCGGCCCGGCUGGCCUCCUCCGGUCUCCUCAUGCAGGUAUUGUUUCGAUUGAUCACAUUUGUCUUGAAUGCAUUUAUCCUUCGCUUCCUGUCAAAAGAAAUUGUUGGCGUGGUGAAUGUAAGGCUAACACUGCUUUACUCAACCACUAUCUUCCUGGCUAGAGAGGCCUUCCGCAGAGCAUGUCUGAGUGGGGACACCCAGCGAGACUGGAGCCAGACCCUCAACCUCCUGUGGCUCACAGUUCCUCUGGGUGUGUUUUGGUCCUUGUUCUUGGGCUGGAUCUGGUUGCAGUUACUUGAAGUACCCGAUCCUAAUAUUGUCCCCUACUAUGGAACCGGAGUGGUGCUGUUUGGUCUCUCAGCAGUGGUGGAGCUCCUAGGAGAGCCCUUCUGGGUCUUGGCACAAGCGCAUAUGUUUGUCAAGCUUAAGGUGGUUGCUGAGAGCCUGUCGGUAAUCCUUAAGAGCAUCCUGACAGCUUUUCUUGUGUUGUGGUUGCCUCACUGGGGACUGUACAUUUUCUCUUUGGCCCAGGCUUUUGUAAACUGGAAAGAGGCUAAACUGACUUGGAGUUUUUUUAAACAGUCUUUCCUGAAACAGAUUUUGACGGAAGGUGAGCGAUAUGUGAUGACAUUUUUGAAUGUAUUAAAUUUUGGAGAUCAAGGUGUAUAUGAUAUAGUGAAUAAUCUUGGCUCCCUUGUGGCCAGAUUAAUUUUCCAGCCAGUAGAAGAGAGUUUUUAUAUAUUUUUUGCUAAAGUGCUGGAGAGGGAAAAGGAUGCCAAACUUCAGAAACAGGAGGACGUUGCUGUGGCUGCCAUGGUCUUGGAGUUCCUGCUCAAGCUGGCCCUGCUGGCUGGCCUGACCAUCACUGUUUUUGGCUUUGCCUAUUCUCAGCUGGCUCUGGAUAUCUAUGGAGGAGUGAUGCUUAGCUCAGGAUCAGGUCCUGUUUUGCUGCGUUCUUACUGUAUCUAUGUCCUCUUGCUUGCCAUCAAUGGAGUGACCGAGUGUUUCACAUUUGCUGCCAUGAGCAAAGAGGAGGUUGACAGGUAUAAUUUCACGAUGCUGGCCCUGUCAUUCUCAUUUCUGGUGUUGUCCUAUAUCCUGACCUAUUGGUGUGGCAGUGUGGGCUUCAUCUUGGCCAACUGCUUUAACAUGGCUAUUCGGAUCACACAGAGCCUUUUCUUCAUCCACUGUUACUACCGAGGGAGCCCCUACAGGCCCCUGGCUGGCCUCCGCCUGUCACCGGUCCUUCUUGGAGUAUUUGCCCUCAGUGGUGGGAUUACUAGUGUUUCAGAGGUGUUCCUCUGCUGUGAGCAGGGCUGGCCAGCCAGGCUGGCGCACAUUGUUGUGGGAGCCUUCUGUUUGGGAAUGACUCUUGGGACAGUAUGCCUCACAGAGACCAAGCUGAUCUAUUUUCUCAAGACUCAGUUAGGUAUGUCCAGACUCAUUGACAAAAUGGCAUGACUUCAGAGAUGCUCUGACACUUGCGGUACCUGGACCAGCCAUGGGGCAGUUCUGUUGGUGGAGCACAUAUUCUGGGUAAAAGCCUCUGUGAGUUCUGCAGUGGAACGAGAGCAACGCUGGAGGGGGACAUCAGAGAAAACCCCUGGAUGAAACAGUUGCCAUCCAUCUGAAGUCUUACAUGUGAAGGAUGAGUUUCAUUUUUAAAUGAAGACCAAAAAUAGAUGACUUUUUUCAUCAUUUUGUUCUAAUCAGCAUUAUCUUGUUUUAUUAAUCUGUUGAUUCCUUUUGGAUAUGAUUGACCUUUGGAGCUACCUGUUCCAACAAACUCUGUCUCAGAUGUUAAUGGUUAAUAAUCUU